AUGUCAAAAUCGAAGAUAAAAAAUGCUGCGAAAUCCUUGAAAACUUCCCAAGGCAUUCACUUUGAUCAAUACCUGGAUAAUGGAGAAAUGGCUGAUCAAUUGAACAAAUGGCUUCUAGAAGUUUCAUGGGAAGUAGCAAAUAAAGUUGGAGGAAUUUAUACGGUCAUUCGUUCGAAAGUACCGAUAACUAAAAAAGAAUAUGGAAAUAAUUAUAUUUGUCUGGGUCCAUACAAUGAUUCAUUUGUGAAAACUGAAGUGGAAGUUGGUGAAUCGAAAAUCGAUGUUGUUAGAGAAGCUGCCAAUGAAAUGAGACAGUAUGGUGUUCAUGUUAUCACUGGAAAUUGGCUGAUUGAAGGUUUUCCACAAGUCGUUCUUUUCGAUAUCGGAUCAGCGGCUUCUCGAUUAGACGGUUGGAAAGGAGACUUCUUUGAGCACGCACGUAUUGGCAUACCAUAUCAUGAUAGAGAAUCGAAUGAUGCCUUGAUCUUCGGUUUCUGCGUGUUUUGGUUCAUUGGAAUUUUCAUCGAUAAAGUUAAACAAAGACAGAAGAGUUACGUUAUUGCACAUUUUCAUGAAUGGUUGACUGGUAUUGGCUUAAUAAUGACUCGUCUUCGUGGUUACGAUUGUGCUUUAAUAUUCACGACCCAUGCAACACUUCUGGGAAGAUACUUAUGUGCUGGAUCAACAGAUUUCUAUAAUCAUUUACCUUACUUUAAUCUAGAUAAAGAAGCUGGAGAUCGUCAGAUCUACCAUCGGUACUGUAUCGAACGUGCUGCUGCAUCAUGUGCUCAUGUGUUUACAACUGUAUCGAAAAUUACUGGCAUAGAAUCAGAGCAUCUUCUACGAAAAAAACCAGAUGUCUUGACUCCUAAUGGGCUUAACGUUCAAGUCUUUGCUGCUUUGCAUGAAUUUCAAAACUUACACGCCCAGAAUAAGGAAAAACUCAAUGCAUUUGUUCGUGGCCAUUUCUAUGGACAUUAUGAUUUUGAUUUGGACAAGACAUUGUACUUUUUUAUUGCUGGUCGAUAUGAAUUUUCUAAUAAAGGCGCUGAUAUGUUCAUUGAAUCGUUAGCUCGAUUGAAUCACAUGCUAAAAGCGGCGGGUUCGGAUAUGACUAUUGUUGCAUUUCUAAUCUUUCCGACAUCGACCAAUAACUUCAAUAUUGAAUCUUUGCGAGGCCAAUCAGUCGCUAAAAUGCUUCGCGACACUGUUCAGAAUGUACAAAGUGACAUCGGCAAACGACUGUAUGAAAUAUGUCUCAGAGGUCAACUUCCAAAGGGAGAACAAAUUUUACAACCUGGAGACAUCAUUGAACUUAAGAAGUGUAUUUACGCUUCACAACGGUCAGCUUUACCACCCAUUUGUACACAUAACGUUAACGAUGACAAUCGCGAUCCGAUUCUAAAUGCUUUACGUCGUUGCCGAUUAUUCAACGACCGUUGGGAUCGUGUUAAAGUAAUUUUUCAUCCAGAAUUUUUACGUUCAACAAGUCCAUUGCUACCACUUGAUUACGAAGAAUUUGUCCGUGGAUGUCAUUUGGGUGUGUUUCCAUCCUACUAUGAACCUUGGGGUUAUACGCCAGCUGAAUGCACAGUUCUGGGUGUGCCUAAUAUUUCGACCAAUUUAAGUGGUUUCGGUUGCUUUAUGGAAGAACAUGUUAAUGAGCCGCAAACAUACGGUAUAUAUGUUGUUGAUCGAAGAUUCAAAAGUGCAGAGGAAUCAGUUCGACAGCUGGCACAGUAUAUGUUUGAUUUUACGAGAUUAACAAGACGGCAGCGAAUCAUUUUACGAAACCGUACAGAAAGAUUGAGUGAACUAUUGGAUUGGAAUACAUUGGGAAUCUAUUAUCAUCGUGCUCGUCAAAUGGCUUUAACACGAAUUCACCCUGAAAUCGAAGAUGAAAUGCUUAGAUUUACAAAUGAAUCAUUGUCCAAUCAAUCAACUCCGGCUGUAUCUCGUUCAUCAACUCCUGCACCUCCUGAUCAUGACGAUGAAGGUAGUGAUGAAGAUGAGGAACAUCAAACACCACAAACAUCCACUGAUCAAAAAGUCAAUGAUCAAACAUAUCGACCAUCAUUUCCUCGUCCGGCAUCGGCCACUCAUCUUUCCUUGGACAAACAGUUUCGAGCAGCCGCUGUUGCCGCUGCCAAUGCCUCAGCUGCUGCUGAUGAUGAGCCAACUUUAACAUCUGCCGCUGAUGAUGAAGUCAGCCAAAUCACUCUUGGAAAAGAAAACCAACCAACUGCACCGCCUGCAAAUCCAACGAAGAAAGUUGAUGAAAAAGUCGACUUCGGUUUGCCCGACCAUGGCGCAUUCAGUGAUGCACAUGAUGGUCAAAGGCAAGAGCCUCACAUGGACCGAAAAGCAUCCAUAUCAACUCAACAAGAUUUCUCUGCACCUGAUGUUCUACACCAAUCGGGUAGCUCGGGCAAUAUUUGUUCAUUUGAACCAACAAGUGGUCAGACGACAGCGUUCUCUACCCCUUUUGGCGAUAAACAGAACUCAACGAUGGCUGAUAUCAUUCGACGCGUUGCUCUACUCACUGCUAAUCGUGCAUCAUGUGGAAAUCUUCACAUGCAAUUGCGAACGAUAUUUUCCAGUUCAGGCAUUGGUAUUGACAGUUUCAAAUCAUCUCGCGAACAGCAUGCUUCUCGUUAUGCACCAUCGCUUGAUGGAUUCAAAAAACGUUUCCUUGAAUCAAUUGGUCAAGCAGAUUCUCAGGUGUUUACUGAAGAUUUACGUAAUAUGAUUAUGACUGCUAACAAUGAUGAUGAGAUCAAUGGUGUCAUUCAAGCAUUGAAAAAAUACAGCACAAAUAAAACUAAAUUCAGUGAUUAUCAUUUUGGUUCACCUGUUAUGCGUUUACUCUAUACACAGAAUAAAACUGAUCUUGCUUUACAAUUAUACUUGGAUGAGAGUUUAAAAAACGUUUUCAAUGACUCGGCAUCAGCACUUGUAUUGAUGAACAAGUUAAUUGAAGACAAACGUUACGAUGAUGCCAUCAAAGUCUUUGAAUACGGUUCACAACGAGGUUUUAACACAAGCAGCGGACGAGCUUUUCCAUCCGAUGUUGUCAUGUUAGCUAUUGAAGGAUUAUACCGUCAAAACACCCAACAAUCGUUGGCCAAAGCGAAAGAAUUAAUUUCCAAAGUAAAGGAACGUGAUACAAACAUAAAUUCACGUGCAGCAACGAUGACGGCUUUGUUGGGUAUUCAACAAGGUGAUCCAUCAUUUGCCAUGGAAGUGUUAGGCACUAUCCGAGCACAAAACUUAGCUACAGUACAAAAUAUUCGAGCUAUUUGCUACGCUGACAUGGGUCGAGUGGAAGAAGCAAUUAAUGUUGUUCACUUACUUGCUGAACAAACGCCAGCUAUCAAUGAUCGACGACGCGUUUUUCCACUUGUGAUGAGACAUAUUCGAACAGCGGUAGAGAAAACGAAGGAUGAAAGUCUUUUGAACCGAUUCGAAGAAUUAUCGAAAUCUGUCUUGAAGAACAAUCGUCUAUCAACCGUCGAUUUACCUGAAUAUCUCAGUGAGCCAAUCAAUCGUCGAACUGGUCAAAACCGAUUCAAUUCGACACAAAAUAUCCGUAAUAGUUUCCAAAGAACAGUCGGAAAUUUCCGUGAUCGCGGAGGAUUCAACCAAGGAUUUAACAAUUUCAGACAAGGAGAUAUGGGUGGAUUUUCCCGACAAAACCGAUCUGGGGAUAACAGAUUCCAAAGACAAGAUUACGGCUACGAUCGUCGCUCCCAAAAUUCUUACGUAGAUGGUUAUCAACGUAAUAACAACAAUGAUCGUUUUCCAUCUCGUAAUCGAACAUCGUCGUUCAAUGAUCUCUCCCGACAAGAUGGUCGCCGCCAACAACAAAAUCAAUCGUUCGAACGUUUAAACCGUAACAAUGAUGAUUUUCCAUCCCCACGGCGUAGUGGAAGCGCAACAUCAAUAUCUCAACGUUCGAGUGGAUCACCACGAGCUGCCGAAGAUGAUGUCAAUGCCACACAAUCACCAAGACGAACUCGUUCAACGAAUGAAGAAAAUCCAACACAAGAACAAAGUCCAUGGGAACGUGCGAAUCGUCAAUAA